AUGACGGCCUCCUCCCUUGCAAGCAAGUUCCUGGCUGCGGCCGUUGCCCUAUGCUGCACCUCAACCGCCGUCGCUUCUCCUCUCGGCGAAGACCAGAUCGUCUUCCAGGCCAACGCCGACUUGACUCGCGUCCAUGAAGAGCUCUCCAACGCCCGCAUCAUCCCCACGGUCCUGGACGAGUUCCAACCCAUCCUUGGCCUCUCGGCCGAGUGGUCCUCCUCCGCCGCCGCUGACCUCGGCAACACCCUGAAGCCGGCCAAGCUCCAGUCGGCACCCGCCGUCUCCCUUGUCAGCGGUUCGUCCAUGUCCGCCAGCCUCAUCGCCACGACCUACGUCUUGACCCUGACCGACCCCGACGCGCCCACGCGCGAGAACCCCAUCUGGUCCGAGUUCUGCCACUGGGUCGCCACGAGCAGCUCCCCAACCAUCUCCGCCGGCGUCGAGCCCGCCCACCUGGACCCCGUCGUUGAGUACAAGCCCCCCGGGCCGCCUGCCAAGACGGGCAAGCACCGCUACGUCUUCACGGCCUGGGUACCGGCCAACGGCACCAAGGAGAAACUGCACCUGUCCAAGCCGGAAGAGCGGAAGCACUGGGGCGGCGAGGAAGGCCGCGGCGUGCAGAAGUGGGCCAAGGAGAACGGUCUUGUUGCCGUCGGCGCGAAUUUCAUCUACGCCCAGAACGAGACGCAGUAG